GCAGUUCGUAACGUUCUUACGCUUGACAAACAUGGCGGUCUUCGUUGCGGUGAAGUGUAAACAACGCAGCUUUUCAAACAGUUAAUCGGCUUAGCGGACUUUAAGAGGGUACCAGACAAUCGCUGCUUGGCUCCGGAAAUCAUGUAGCUUUCUGAGCAAACGAAACAUUGAAGUGAAGUUUAAGAUGGCAGCAAAUGGGGAGCAAGGCUCUGAGACUGAGUUGUCGGAACUCCGGCAGAAAGUGGAGACUCUGGAGGAAGAGCUGAAGAGCUGCAAGACUGAGCUGCGCAAGUUACAGAAGCAGCUUAAUCAAACCGAGCGGCUGUAUAAGACCACCGAAAGUUACAACGAUGAUUUACGGAAACAGGUUGAUAAUUUAAGCAAGGAAAUUCAUGAUAGAAAAAAGAGGGAGAAAAACAGAGAAGACGCAGAAACGCAGACUGAAACUGCCUAUUCCUGGACUGACUCUGACUACCACUACUACUAUGGAAGCUAUUAUCAGAGUGGGAAUGAGGCAAAGGAAUCAAAUCCAGAGACACCAGAAGACCUUGUCGCUGAAUUGCAUCCGAACCAUGAUACUCAGCCUGCGGCUCAACAUUCCCAAGAAAAUGUCAGUGAACCAGAGAAGGAGACCAGUAUUUCAAUCCAAGAAUCAGACAGCACCUCCAUAGCAGACAUCCUAAGAGCUACAGCUGAAGAGGCAGUCUCUCAGACAGGAUUUGUGUUUGAUGAAAACUCCGGGAUGUAUUAUGAUCACAACACGGGUUUCUACUAUGACUCGACAAGCCAGCUGUACUAUGAUGCUAACACAGGGAUGUAUUAUUACUAUGAUGCUGAAAGCGGGCGCUAUCAGUUUCAUUCUCGAGUGGAGGUGCAAGCACAUCAGCAGAAUUCAGAGCCAAGCCAGGACAAAAAAGGGAAGAAGCGAAGGAAAGGAACAGAAAAACCAUCAGCCCAAGAUGUCAAGGAGCUCAGAACUGAAGACUGGAAGGCACCAGGAGGAGUUUCUCAGGAGGAACUGGCUGAAGGAAAGAGAUUGGAACAAAAACGAAAGAAGAUGGGAUUGCCUUCUAGAGUGAGAGAUGAGAGUCCUGAGAGCCACAUCUCUAGUGUCUUAGGGAAUAAAGAUGUUGAAAUGACGGAGGAUUCAAAUCAGAUUACGCAGGGGAGUCAAAGUGAUGAUGUGGAGACUGAAGCAGAGAGUGAGCUGGAAGAGGGAGAAAUCACCGAGUCUGAAAGGGAGGAGAAUUCUUCUGAAGAACUAACGGCCAGUGACUUUAGUGACCAGGAGGAUGACCCGGAAGCCUGCGAAGAAGCAUGGCCACCGUGUGUGAGAGUGACUGUCGUCCGCUCACCAGUGCUCCAGACUGGGACUUUAUUUAUCAUUACUGCAGAUAAACCAGCCACCAUCGGGAGAGAGAAAGAGAUGGAACAUACUAUAAGAAUACCUGAAAUGGGUGUUAGUAAGUUUCAUGCAGAAGUAUACUUUGACCUUGACUUGCAAAGCUAUGUACUGGUGGACCAGGGAAGUCAAAAUGGGACAGUCAUAAAUGGGAACAGAAUUUUGCAGCCUAAAUCUAAAUGCGAGCCCUUCACUUUGACACACGGGGAUGAAAUAAAGAUGGGGGACACAGUUUUAUCUUUUCACAUUCACACUGGGAACGAGACGUGUGAUGGAUGUGAGCCAGGGCAGGUCAUAGCUCACGUGAGCCGCAACAAGAAGGAAGAGGCAAGCGUACUAACCAAAGAAGAUAAGGAAAUCCUACGACAGAAAGAGCUGAAGCAGAUGAAAGUCAAGUAUGGAUUAAAAAACAGCGAAUAUGAGGGAACCAAAGCCUUGAAGAACUCCAAAUACAAGGACCGUGCAGAGAAGCGUCGUCAGACUGUUGGUAGUGAAGGGGCUUUUCAAAGAGACGACGCUCCAGCUUCAGUGCAUGUGGAAAUCAGUGAUGGUAACAAAGGACGGAAGAUGCUUGAAAAGAUGGGUUGGAAGAAAGGAGAGGGACUGGGCAAAGAUGGAUCCGGGAGAAAAGAUCCGAUCCAGCUACAAAUCCGAAAGUCACAAGCUGGACUGGGUAUCAAAGCUUCGUUAUCUGUUGAAGAUGUUGCACUGCAUAAAUCCAAAAACCAGAAGAACUGGGAUAAAGCCAGAGAGAGAUUUUCAGACAGCUGCCAAUCCAGCAAAACUUCCAAAAACAAAGUAAAUCCCAGUGCCAAGUCUUGGCUAAAAGGGGAAGCUGAAUAGAUCACCCACCAGCAGAUGACGUUUUUUUUUUUUGUUCUGAACAAAUUAACUGCAUGCCUGUACCUUUUAAUUAAAAACAGACUAAAUGAGGCAUCCA